AUGCAUAUUUCAGCUCAACAUUUUCCGGAUUCUAAAUUCACUGGCAUCGAUGUAACCUCGGAAGCGGUGAAUCAGGCUGAUCAACGAAGGAAAGAUGAUGGGCAAGCGUUUGACAAUCUAACAUUCAUUCAAAUGGACGCCGGGAAGAUGGAUCCCAGUUGGUCGAAUGAGUUCGACAUGGUGACGAUAUUUGAUGCCUGUCAUGACCAGAUGAGGCCUGACUUGUGUCUGAAGGAGAUCUAUCGUGUUCUAAAGCCAGGAGGUGUUUUCGGCAUGCUGGAGAUAAAAGGAUCAUCAAAUGUAUACACCGAUCGGAAGGAAAUAGGGCUGUUUUCGGCACAACUGUAUGGAGCUUCAGUAUUUCAUUGCCUUCCAGUAGGCAGUAACUCUCCAGAUGCUCUUGGGCUGGGAACGAUGUGGGGAAAAGAAAGAGCUGUGAAAUUGCUGAAGGAAGCCGGAUUCAAUAAUAUAAGUGUCGUUCCUACUCCACAAUUCGCCAUCAAUGUUUUAUAUGUGUGCAAGAAGGAAUAA